AUGAACUAUGAACUCUUCUGCCCGGUCCCUGCCACGGCUGCAACAUCUGGACUUUUUCCUUUACUUGCUUCAUCUUUGGGAUUUGAUUCAGCCGCAGCUCGAACGAUAGGUGAAACUGUGGUACUACUCUCUUUCUCAGGUGGUAGCGGUACUAG